GGUACUUAUUCAUGAAGCUCAGAGAAAUACUUCUGUUCUUUUGCCAGAGUUUCACACCUACCUAGAACUGAAGAUCGAUCAAGGUAUUAUCAAGAACAGCUCUUCACCAAUAUGCCACAGACAUGGGUAACUCACUACACUGUUGUGAUUUUGGUAUGCCUUAGCCUGUUGGGAUCAACUGCAGGUCAGAAGAAUGAGAACACAGGAAACAAAGCUGGAGACAGCAGCAGUGGCAAUAAAGGGGAUGGAACCAGCAAGGGUCCCUGCUCUCAAUGGGAAACAGUCCUCAAGAACCAGCUCAGCAAUCCAUUUUCAAACUAUUCUGCCAUUAUCGCUGGCAUUGCAAAGAAUGUACCCAGCCUGUCUACACAGUGUGUGAAUACGUUCAGUGUGACAUCAAAUCUAUCUGCUGUUGCAGAGCUGAUGAAGCUUUUGAAUAACAACUAUGACAGCUUAGAUUCUGGGACCAAACAAGCUGUUUAUAAAUGGCAAGAAGCAAUGGGAAAGGCAAAACCCAGAAACGACACUAAGAGUGAGAGCUCUUGGAUUUCCUUUGACAUUUUAAAAAUGAUGGGCCGAUUCAUCUUACAGGCCAGUGUUUCAACUUUGCAGGAUCUGGUUAAAAACUCAAGCAAUCCAGUUUGCCAGCUAUACAACUCUAGCUCAGAUAUAUGGAACCAGCUAAUUGAUCUGACACCUGCACAAGCAUCAUGUUUUCUUUCAGGACUUCAAACUUGCAAUGUGACAUUAACAGACCCAGCAACAAUUCAGAGACUUGGACAACUCAACUGUUUCUAUGACUCUUUCAUCGAUAAACUAAGUCCACUAGCCCGGACAGCACUGCAGACUCAACUAAAAAAUUGCACUAGAAAUGUAAAUAAUCUCUAUCAGAAGUUGCUGAAAGAUAUCAGUAUUGUUAACAUGACUGGAGACAACCUAAAGAACCUUGGAAGUGCAGCCACUGGUCUUUCUGUCAAGCAGUUAGCCAAUCUUUCUGCUGAUGCUCUCUCUGGUGCACUUGAAUCUCUGGGGAAAAUUAAAGGCUGGUCAGAAUCUCAAAAGAAGGCAUUGGCUAAGAAAGCUGUGGAUGUUACAAAUGUUCCAGGUAACGUGCUCCGUCAGCUGGGUUCUCUUGCUUCUGGUGUGAGUACAAAGGUUUUGCAAAAUAUGACAGGAAAUGAUGUUUUAGAUGCAUUCCAAAAUAAAGAUAUGAAAGAUUCUCUACAAGACAUGACAAAAGCACAGAAGAAAGCUAUUCUUAAUACAGUCAUGAAGAAUACAUCCACUGAUGAUAUUUUGAAGAAACUGCCAGAUGAGCUGGUACAGGAUGUUCCUGCUUCAAAACUGAAGGAAGCCAACAAUGAAACACUAAAACAACUCCUAAAUAAACCCAUCAACUGGACCCUCGGGCAGGCUAUUGCUUUGUGGAAUAAAUUGUCAAAGAAUGAACUCAAUAACCCUGCCUUCAUCAGUACUCUGAAUACUUCAGCUAAAGGUCUGACUUGUGAAAUUAUCCAAAGUAUGCAACCUCAAUCACUCAGUGCUCUUGCAACAAAUCCAUGCAUUACCCGUGAUCAGAUUCGUUGUGCUGCCACGCGGUUCUUCAGCUAUGGUGCGGGAGUAUAUUUUAGCAACAUUACUCAGGACUACCUCAAUACAGUCCCUCCUACUUUCCUACUGUAUAUUAAAUCUUUCAGUGAUGUAGAGAAGAUUCCAAAAUCGUUAUGUUACAGUGUUGUAAUGCUCCUAGGACAGACUGAUAUCAAGCUUUUGCCUAGAAAUUCUGGAAGGCGUAAUGAGCUUCAGAAAUACACCAUGAACUGUUUGAAUAACACGGAUACAAGCACACUAACUCCAGAACAAGCAAAUGAUCUGGGCAGCCUUGUCUGCACUUUCAACAACACCAACAUCAAGAACUUAAACAGUGCUGCUUUCCUUGUGAUCAUUGAUCAGCUUCAGCAAUGUGGACGGUUUGAAGAACCCAUAAAGACUGAACUGAGGAACAAAAUUAUCCAGACAUUUAACUCUACUUCAACAUGGACUGUGGACACAUUGAAUCAGCUGGGAUCACUGCUGGCAGUUAUGACACAAGAUGAUUUCAAAACUCUUCCAAACACAGAAGUUGUUAAAACAGCUCUUCAAGCAAUCACUGCCACUUUGCCAACAACACCAGGAAAAUUUGUUGUGCCUGAGUUUGACAACAGACCAGAUUUAACAUACCUGUAUUCAAAGAUAGCUGAUAUUUUACGUUCCAGUCGCACACAAAAAAGUAACAGGAGAAAGAGAGCUGACUGCAGCACUGUGAGUGCACCUACAACUGAUGACAUCAGGAGCAUGGGACAGUAUAAUUCUAGAUGGACUGCAUCAGAACUCUCUUGCAUGUCAACUAGCACCUUUAGUGACACAAUGGACAUUCUUGCUACAGUUCCAGGUUUCAAUUCUGAACAGUUACAAGCUCUAAAAUCUAAGGCAUUAGAGACAUUUGAACAAUCAAUAACAUUAGAUAAACUGUCAUCUCUGAAAAGAAUCAACUUUGGAUUUACUGCUGAUGAAAUAAAAAAAUAUUCACAAGGCAUAGAUGUAGAUACAUUAGCAAGCAUCUCGCAAUACCCAGAGUGGUCCACUAAACAAUAUGCAACACAAUCACAAAAUAUUGUGCAGAAUUUCCUGGCCAAUAAUCCUGUGAAUCAGCUAACCAGUAUAGACCUUGUUGCUGUUGCUUACUUUUUGUGCUCCUUUUCUACUGACCAGAUCAAAGGCAUCAGUACCACAGCUUACAGGUCAGCAGCAAGAGAUAUUGGAGCUCUCAGGUGCAGUGAUUCCAAUGUCCUCACAUCUCUGAAAACUAAGGCUGUGGAAGUAUUUGGAAGUCCAAGCAACUGGACAGGUGACAUCCUUCAAGAAAUUGGCACAGUUGUGGCUGGACUGGAUUCUUCAGAAAUACAACAACUGAACAUUGAAGCAGUAAAGUAUAUCACCCCUGAUGCAGUUGCUCUGAUCCCUCCAAGUACAUUUUCUGCUAUGUCUAUACAGCAGCUACAAAAGUUUGGAACUGAUAACUAUGGUGCUGUUACCACUGAACAAUUAAAUUCACUAAGUAGCACAAAACAAUUUGCUCUUAGAGAGAACUCAGGAUCAAGCAGUCAGAAUUCAGUUUCAUCAGGUGCAGCCCAGUGGAGACUUGCAAUGAUCCCAGCAAUAAUAUUCAUCAAUCUGCUGUUUUGCAGCAUCUUUAUUUAAUACAUCAUGCAGGAAACUUCAGAUCUGUGAAGUGUAAAUCUUUCCCAGUUCAUGCAUACUGUGUACUUCUUAAAUCGCAAUGGAAUGUCUUACCAUUAACAUGUAUUCAAACAGUAAUACUUUGUACGAAAUGUUAUCAAAUAGUGAAUAAACAAACACACACACACACACACACACACACACACACACACACACACACACACACACACACACACACACACACACACACACACACACACACACACCAAUAUUCCUAUAUAUACUUAAAACAUUUAUUUUUUACAAUAUAUUUUUCUAUAAAGUUCAUCCAUGUAAACACAUAAUUUUGCUCAUUAGGAGCUCAGGUAUGCUAUACCUUUCCACAUUUUCCUGAGGUCAACCUGUGUUAGAAAAAUUGUAUUACCACUUACUUUUGCAGAUGAUAACCCAAGGUUUCAGGUAACAAACUCUGAUCUGUUCUAAAAAGCACUGCAAGAGUAUUUAAGUUCCAGAGCAAGAAGAUUCAAGAGACCAAAUAAUCAUGAACUGAAAUGCAUAUUUACACAUUUAUAUAAAAAACAUAUUAAUUUCUCCACAUUAAAUAAGUAUCACAGUUCUUUCUGUGUGAAAGUUCACAUUUGAAACUCUAUAAACAAUUAUGAUUAGUUAUGCUGUUUAAUAUUUAUUUAUCCUGUGACUGUCUUUAAAAGCCUCGUGUUUUGGUUGAACUGAAGUGGAUCCUAUGCUGCAGCUCUACUACAUGAUUUGUUUGGUAGAAAUUCUUACUCUCUUCUUAAUGUUACAGAUGGUAUGUUUAUUCUAUCUGUAUCAUAAAUGAUUUUAUUUCUGUAAAGUCUGGGUUACUAAGCCUUGACUUGGGAUGAGGAAACAGGUACCAUUCUAUCUUGACAGAUGGACACAUUUGUCUCGGGUAAUACUUGCAAUCUGCACUGUAACAUCUGAUAAAAAUAAAGAAAAGGAUUGAAACAAACUUCUAAUAACAAUAACAGUGUGAGUAUAUUCGAUCAUUACUCUUGACUGGGCAUUUUAUGCCUUUUAGUUAUAUUGUGUUGUUUACCAUUCUGUUUUUUUCCCUCUCAAAUGGUUGAAAUAAAUGUUUCAGUUUAUAUAUUC